AUGACGUCCAAAAAUAAAUGUUUAACACUAAAUGAAAAAAUUAAACUAAUUGAGUCAAGUGAAAAAGAUAAAUUAACAGUAAAACAAAUUUGUGAACUUUUCAAAUGUGGAAAAAGUCAAGUGUAUAAUAUAUUAAAACAAAAAAAUGAAAUAAAAGAACAAUGGAUGAAUGGAAAUGGGCGAAUGAAAAGAAAACCAAAAUCCAACGCUAAUGAAGAAAUUAAUAAUUUGACUUGGGAGUGGUUUGUAAGUGCUAGAGCAAAAAAUAUACCAAUUUCUGGACCAAUUAUACAGACUAAAGCACGCCAAAUUGCUGAACAAAUGUCAGUCACCGAAUUUAAAGCAUCGAAUGGCUGGUUGGAAAGUUUUAAAAAUCGACAUAAUAUUGUUUGGCAUCAAAUUUGCGUGAAAAGUGAAGAGUGUAAAGGUGGUAAGCUUUCCAAAGAACGUUUAACGGUAUUUUUAUGUGCUAACAUGGAAGGAGAAUUUGAAAAACCUCUAGUUAUAGGCAAAGCACAAAAACCCAGAUGCUUCAAAAAUGUAGAUCCGACAAAAUUUCCCAUAAUUUGGCGAGCUAAUAAUAAAGCAUGGAUGACUGGAACGUGGCUUCCAGCUAACACGACAUCACUUACCCAACCAAUGGACCAAGGAAUUAUUUAUUCGAUUAAAGUAAAUUAUCGUAAAAUGGUUUUACAAUCGUUAUUAGCAAGUAUGGAUAGCAUAAAAAGUGUUAAUGAAUUGUCAAAUAAAAUUAAUGUACUAGAUGCAAUUUAUUGGUUGAAUAAAUCUGUAAACUUAAUAAAACCAGAUACAGUCAAAAAAUGUUUCAUAAAAGCCGGGUUUAAUUUAGUUUUGGACCAGCCAACAGAUGCCAUUAACGAUAACGAUAACGAUUUUAAAUUGCUAUGUUCUACAUUAAAUGAAAAAGUAGAUAGUGAUGAAUAUGUUAACAUCGAUAAGCAUUUAUGUACUAAUGAUACUGAUAUUAUUACUGAUACUACAGUGAAACGUUGCACUUCAAUAGACGUUGAACAAUCCAGUUCCGAAGACGAAACAGAUAAUGUACCAUUGCACGGCAAUGAUAUUAAAACGUAUAAGAACGCCCUCCAUGAAAUAAAACGAUUAGAAAUGUUCGCAUUGGAUCAAAAUAAUGAAAAUGAACUUCUUGAAUCAAUUCUGAACUUGAAAAAUUUAGUAGAAAAGAAAAUGGCAAGUCAAAUAACAAAACAAAAAACAUUGGAUGAAUUUUGGAGUAAGGAUUAA